AGGGAGGCGGGCAGGAUGAAGAAGAAGAAGAAGAAGAAGAAGCGGAGGAUGGCCGCCGCCAUGGCCGCCGAUCCGUGUCUUCCCUUGCGGCCUUGCCCUUCCUUCCUUGAUGAUGAACAAAGAAAGAGGAAUGGAGUAGAGGUGGGAGGAAGCGGUGGUGUGGUGGGGUGGGGACUACCACCAUUAAUGCAAAUGGGCUAUCGGCCCAACAUACUCCAUUAUGGGCUUCUGUGGGCCUACUCCUCGAUUCGUUUGCGUUGCGGUGCGUCGCGUCUUCCUCCUCCUCCCGUCUUCGUUGUAGUAGCUUGUGGUUGGCAAAUCAAUCGAAUCGAUCCCCUCUCAUCCGCUCGCGGACACAGAAUCUCUCCUCUCCCUCUCGGCGCCCAGGUUCUCGCCGCCGCCCGCCCCUUCCUUCUCUUCUCCUCCUACGUAAAUAAUCCACCUACGAUAGAUACGACCAACCCCAUUAUGAGCUCUCUAUGCCCCUUUGCCAAACUCGCCUCCGCUGGCGCCACAUGCCCCGUAAAAUCAUCAUCAGACAACAAAACCACCAUCAAUCACACCGACGACGACGACGACGACAAUGAAAAAACUGGCAAUGCUAACACCGAUCCUCGUGUGGUGCCACCAAAGUGCCCCUUUGGCUAUGACUCCAACACCUUCAAGCUUGGCCCACUCAGCUGCAUGGUCUGCCACGCUCUGCUACAUCAAAGCAGCAAAUGCACCCCGUGCUCCCACAAGUUCUGCAAGGCAUGCAUAUUGCGCUUUAAGGACUGUCCAUUGUGUGGUGCUGACAUCCAAGGGAUCGAGCCCGAUGAUGAGCUUCAAGGCCUUGUCGACCGCUUCAUUGAUGGCCAUGCCCGAAUCAAGAGAUCACAUGCUGCAGGCGAUGGGGAAGCCGCAAGUGACAACAAGACCAAGGUCAUUUACGAGGAUGUCUCCAUGGAGAGAGGGGCUUUUCUGGUCCAGCAAGCGAUGAGGGCCUUUCGCGCACAGAACAUUGAAAGUGCAAAGUCAAGGCUCAGUAUGUGUGCACAAGACAUCAGGGAAGAAUUGAAAUCUAAACAAGACAACCAAGAACUGUGUUCUCAACUUGGAGCUGUGUUAGGAAUGCUUGGGGACUGCUGUCGGACCUUGGGAGAUGCUCCUUCAGCAAUCACUUACUAUGAAGAAAGUGCUGAAUUCCUCUCGAAAUUGCCCAAAAAAGAUCUGGAGUUGGUCCAUACUCUCUCAGUUUCACUAAAUAAAAUUGGAGAUCUUCGCUAUUAUGAUGGGGACCUCCACUCAGCAAGAAGCUAUUAUGCGCGUUCGUUGGAUGUUCGCAGAAGUGCAGCAAAAGAACACUCAGCUGUGGCUUCCCAGGUCAUUGAUGUAGCAACUUCUCUUGCCAAAGUUGCGGAUGUCGAUAGAAAUCUUGGGAACGAAAGCAUGGCAGUUGAGGGUUUUGAGGAAGCAAUUAAAUGCCUUGAGAAUUUGAAGCUGGAAUCUGGAGAGGCCAGUCUUGAGCAGCGGCGUCUCUCGGUUCUCGACUUUCUACAAAAACAAUUGGAUGACAAGUGAUAUGCACGGUUCUAAUUUGAAGAGCACACUCACAGGAUAUAUGCACUAUCCAUAAUGAGGAUCAGCUCCAGUACGUAGUCUCUGUGAUGCAUAUGGAAGGGAGUUGCUCCAGAUCGAAUGAAUGGUAACUGGUGUGUAUUUGAGGUUUGCUGCGACACAGAAUAAAUACUUUCGAGUUGUAUAUGUUUCUUGUGUCUGCCACGGGUGGAGACCUCUUUGAGUCCCUGAGGCACCACGGAGACGAAACUUCUCGGAAGUACUGAUUCCUUGUUGCCUCUGCCGUGUUAUGUGAAUGUUAUCCCACUGUAUAUUUAUUGAUGAUAUAAUAUAAGAAAAGAACAGCACAGAUGUUUUGUAUCGCCCUAUCAAAUUUAAGUUGUUUUGCAUA